GCCUUUUUCAACCACGCAGACUUCAUUCUGCGGCCGCCAGCGUAUUCUGUCUGCCGCUCUGUGCCCUUGCAUACCGCGCCAUAGCAACGCCUGUACAUGUGCGACCCCGUGCACCGUCUCUCUGCCGUGUAAAUUCGUCCCUCCGCACCGGUUCAACUCCUGAGCAGCGUUCACGGCAGCGACUGCGACACUUGUUCACACGCACCAUCGCUCUCGACAAGCCAUUGCUUGUCUGGCCAGCCCAAUUGCGAGCCCCGACUGCCUCCACCGCACUGCUAGUUACCCCAUCACCAUGACGGGGGGCAAGUACCAGCCGCUCACGCUGACCCCGAUCAACUUCUCGCUAACGGAGGGCACGUCGAUUCCUGCGCCGCUCGACUCUCCACCAGAUACACCACGCCCUCCCACGCCUGGCAAGGGACCGCUCUCCUCGCACCCGACACCCAACUCUGCGACGUUUCCCCCGUCGGCAGACUCGCCACCGCCGAAAGAGUCAACCGACUCGACUGCGGACUCGCACCUCCAGAAGACGGUCACCAGCGAUGGAACCAGCAGCACGCUAUCCCCGACAAGCCCGUCCUCAAAGCGACCGUCGUCGGUGCGCAAGUUCCUCGGGCUGCGCACGUUGUCGUCGUCCGACAGCCUCAAGUCGGACCGGCCGGGAUCACCGGCAACAGUAGACAGCAAGCCGAGUCUGAGUCGGAAAAAGAGCGGCAGCUGGUUCGGCAAGAGGAAGAGCACCAUGAUGUUCGGGUCUGUCCCGGAAGGGAAAGAGAACGCCGCGCCCCAGACGAACGGCAAGCCGGGGAGGAAGGGGCCACCGCCGCCCGCUCUGCCGGAGCUCAAGACUUUCGGGGUGAGCGACGAAGCCGUCAGCCUGGGAGCAGAGGACUUGUUCAAGAACAUAAAAUAAGCACGAGGACGACGAAACCAGGGCGAUGUCUUUUUAUGACGGAUUCAGAGCGGAUUGGGGUUUAAUUUUCACGAUUGUUUCAUUGGGGACAGGAGCGUGAGGGAUUGCGGAUUCUGUUCAUUUAUUUUGCAUACACGAUACCCCCCAGUCGGAGAGCGCAGGACGGCGGGAGUGGACUUGGUUGGAAGUGCAAAUGUCUUUGGAUAAGAUGUGUCAUGGCCGAGUGGGAGUCGGAAGGACGCAGCGACUGGGGAUGAGGCGGAGAAGACUGGAGCAGUGUUGAAUAUUUUGCGGACAUUCCCUCUUCUUGUACAUUGAUCUUCCCCUGCCAGACUUGGUUUGGAUCUUGCAGAGCAGCUGUAUUGAGAC